AUGAGCGGUACCGAAGAACCUUCAAUUCAAAGACGGCCGUCACGCAAGUCGGUUGCAUUUACAGAGGAGAAGGUAGUAGUGGACGCCGACGGCAGCGUAACCCUAGUACCCACGCCAAUCGACGACAACAAAGACUCAGCCAUGUCGCACACUCCUCGUACGCCGCCUCUUUCCGCCGCGCUCGGGGCGUUUACUGACGCCUCCUCAGCAACUGCAGACGGCGCGGCAGACGGUGCGGCCCCUGCUGCGAUCCCAGCCCUCGAUGCCAACCCGGAUGGGCUCGACCUCACGCUCAUGAAGAAGAAAAAGAAGAAGGUCAAGAAGGACGACGAUGAGGCCGCCGGCGAACCCGCAGCCGCUGAUGGCGAAGAAGCGAUCGACCUAUCGAUGAAGAAGAAAAAGAAGAAGAAGGUGCCUAAGGAGGAGGACGAAUUCGCCAAGAAACUCGAGGCGCUCAACCUCGAGGGCGCCGAGGGUGCCGAGGCCGCGGCCGAGGAGAACGUGCAAGAGGGUGAUAUGGACAAGGGCACCGGCAUCUGGGCGCAUGACGAGUCGCGGACCAUUAACUACGACCCGCUGCUCUCUCGCUUCUUCGCCCUGCUCGCGCAAAAGAACCCCGACCAUGCGUCGACGGGCACUCGGUCAUACAAGAUCCCGCCCCCGCAAUGUCUCCGUGAAGGCAACAAGAAGACCAUCUUUGCCAACCUUCCAGAGAUUUGCAAGCGCAUGAAGAGAGCGGACGAGCACGUUACUGCUUACCUGUUUGCCGAACUAGGUACAAGCGGUAGCACGGAUGGCAGCAGGCGGUUGGUUAUCAAGGGUCGGUUCCAGCAGAAGCAGAUUGAGAACGUCCUGCGUACAUAUAUCAUCGAAUAUGUGACGUGCAAAACGUGUCGGUCUCCCAACACUGAGCUGUCCAAGGGCGAGAACCGUUUAUACUUCAUCACCUGCAACUCGUGUGGCUCGCGUCGUUCCGUCCAGGCUAUCAAGACUGGUUUCUCGGCCCAGGUCGGAAAGAGAAAGAAGAUGAAGGUCUAA